GGCGUGCUAUCUGCAUGGAAUAAAUUGUUGAUUUUCGUUGUAAUAUAAGUCUGGCUAAAUCAUCAUAUUACUCUCUUCAAAAAGACUAGUUCCUGAACUUUUGGUCCAUUAUUUUCUUGUGUGGGCAAAAGAAUGAAUAAAGGCCUUAGUUAAGCUAUCUGAAUUGUCCAGUAACUUUGUAUUUACCAUAUUGUUGACAAUCUUGAACUAAUAGCCUAAUAUAACACUUUCUGUUUGUAAUCUGCAUUUAAAACUUGCUGCAAGGAGUAAUGGUGAAACUGAUAGGAGCUAGCUGAUCGUCACAAAAUCCAGUAGGUGGCUAAAAUUUGUUCCGUUAUAAAGAAAGUUUGCUCUAUUAUGAGGUGGUCCACCAUUCGCAGCAGUACUGCAGUCCUAGCAUUUGUAUAUUUAUAUUGUGUAACAACAUAAAGAAUCAAGAUUGCAUGUACAAGUGACUGUUCCCCUGUCUCUUGCUCUCUGUUAAUGUCUGGUGGAUAACGAGAGCAGAGGAAAAGAGAUGAGCUGAGCUUUAGCCCCCCACCGAGACCCAUGUGAAUUUUGUCCUUUAGGACUGUAGGCAUUCUGUUCUACGUUCUUGCUUGCCUUUUCUAAUGGUGAAAACCAGAGCUGUAACUGUUUUUAUCUGCCCCCUUUAACAGCUGAAGCCUGAAGCUGAUUAAUAAUUCGUAAGCAGACCACAAUGACCCGGAGUUAGAUGGGUGUAUGUUAAGAGCUGAAGAGAUGGCCUAAUUUGGUUGAUCUGUAAGCAGUUUCCCAAGUUAUCAAUCAUAGUCUUCCAAGGAGCUUCUCUGUUGCUUACGUUCUUCCCCAACCUUCCUACACAGAGUUUGUUGUUCAGACUCCACAGGCUGCCAUGGUUCAGAUUUCUCUACAGAGGAGCCUGUGCACAUCUCAAUGCUCCAUCUAUUAUCAACUGCAUCAUGUGGAUGGUGCAAGCAGAAGAUGGACUUCUUGUAGAUCCCAGUAUUCGGGCUUUUCUUUUAGUGCCAGAUCGCCUCUAAAUGUUCUCAAGACCAGCAGCAUUAUCAACUCCUCUGACCCAAAGAAUUUGUAUGGGAGUUCCCCUGCUUCGAGAAGUGGCGCCACCCGUCAUCUAUCUGGCACAAUAGGAGUAAUGGGAGCAUCUUCUGUUCUCUCUCUCAGAUUUUUAGAGAAGCUUGUGUAUUGGAGUACCCGAGAUGGAGAAGAGACACCUCCUUUUGUCAUCUCCAAUGAUCCGUUGGUCAAGAAAGAGUUAUUGUCGUCUGAAAGCUCCCAACUUCCUUCUGACUGUGAUACUGCACUUGGGAAGCUAAGGAAGAAGAGACUCGUCUUGGAGAAAUCUGGAGCAAGCUGCAUUGUAAUGCCAUGCCACUUCUUACAUGCCUGGCACGAUGAAGUUUCACAGGGUUGCUCAGUUCCUUUCCUCCAUGUUGGUGAUUCUGUUUUGAAGGAACUCAAAGCUGCAAGCUUUAAACCUGUUGAGUAUGGAAGUAAUGUUCGUAUAGGAAUUCUAGCUACCGAGAAUACCUUCACGACCAACUGUUAUCUUGAUAAGCUGGAGAGCCAGGGUUUUGAGGUAGUUCGUCCAGAUAGGGCUUCCAUGGAGCACGUGGUGUUACCAUCUUGCAGUGCAUUUAGAAAGGGGGACAUGGAAGGCGCGAGAAAUCUGUUGCAAAUAUCACUCCAGCUUCUACUUGUGCAGGCUGUGAAUACAAUAAUCCUUGCAUCUGAUGACUUCAUUGGUAUCUUGCCGGAUGAUGAUCCGCUGCUCAAGAAAUGUAUCGACCCUAUGGAUGCUUUGGUCAAGGAUACCAUUAUGUGCGCAAGAACAAUGAGACCAUGAUAUGCCUUCCAACUAUUCUGUUUCCUUGUAUAGUUUGACCGUGGUAAGCUGUUUGCACUUGAACCUUUAAGGUUGAGAGAAGAAUUCAUCAUGUCAUUAUCGUCAAUAAUUCAGUACAGUACAUGCAAUGCGAUCUACUUAUUCUUUGUUGCCAAGUCAAAGAAGAUGCUAGCUUCAUUUGUGAACUCAGAUUUUGUCAGUUUAUUCUUCUGCUGAGGCAUGGCUCCUCUAGAGGAAUUUUCAGAGAAGAAUCUAGAAAUUAAAAUAACUGAUGUGAUGGUUUGCUGGAUCAGAUUGUAGAUAGAGAAAAUGGCGACACUGUCGAAUAUAAACUGCGUGGAUGAAGCACCCUAGCUUUUCAUUUUCCAGAUAGGCAGCUGCAUGUUAUGAUGUUAUACAUGUGAAUUGAGAGGUGAAUAUCAGGGUAUUCAUCGCACAUAAUCAGAAAUGGUGCAGUUCCUUCAUGUUCUGCUGAAUAUCUUGCCACUGCUGCAUCAUUGCAAAUUCAUCUCUCAUAUUGCUCCUUGGAUCCCAGAGCAUGUAACAGCUCAUCAGUGACGAUACAUGCCGAGGAGUUGUAACAGUGAUGAUGCUACCAUUUGACCUGGGAAAGCUGUGUGGGCCUGCUACUUGUAUUCCAUAGAAUCUGGUUAUUGGUGUGGAAGAGCUAGGAGGGAAUGAAUGUUCUGUGCAGAUGUGGGAUUGUAAAAAGGUGCGCAUGAUGAGUGAGCAAAUGAUUCAGGCUGUCUGCACCAAGCAAGUGGAUGAAUGCUCUUUCUCUUUCCCAUGCAGGAACCGGAGACAAAAAGAAACAAGCAAAACACACACACACACACACCGGCA